CCAAUCAAAUCAAAUCGUCGUACGUCAAAUGGACGUGAUCCAUGAGCGCCAUCUGUUGGCUGUCACGACACAGAGCGGCAGAAUACGUCACAGCCGGGGCACGUGGUCAAACCCGGAAGCGAGUCGACUGUCGAGUCGCAGUUUUUUUCUUGUUCUUUUGUUUUGGGCCGUCGCCGUCGUCGUCAUCGUCACGAUGGUGCUGGCGUUCGUCAUCCACACUGUGUGCCCGAUCAGCGCUCUCGCCUCCGGGGAGAGCAGGGUGCUCUACUCCCGCGUCUUCGGAGCGGACGAGGCGGUCUUCCGGGGCGACCGGCGGCUGCGGCGGCAGCUCAACGGCGAGGAGAGGCGACUGUUGUCGGCCGAGAAGCUCGCAGUGGUGGCCCGGCAGGUCCAGAGCGCCGUCUCCCUGCGCCGGGAAGCCUCGGGGCGGCCCCCGGCGCAGACGCCGCCGGGCGAGGAAGCCCUGGCCCUGCAGGAGGCCGACGGCGGGGUGCUGAGACUGCGCGACGGGGACCCCUACUGGCGGGAGGUCAGCGCGCUCUGGCUGGCCGUCAACUCGUUGGCCUUCGUCAUGGUGUGCGAGCCCCACGAGAACCCGCCGCUGGCCGAGGGAACGCUCCGGAACCUGGCCGGGCACUGUCUGGAGCACCUGCACAUGCUGGGGCAGGGCAGCGAGGUGUUGCUGAAGAGCAGCCGCGUGGACGUUUUGCUGAGUCGUCUUCUUCCUCACGGCCAGCUCCUCUUCCUCAACCACCGCUUCGCUCAGAGUCUGGAGAAGGACGUGGCCGCCUACAUGAACAAGUGACCUCCAAAUGUUGGACUGUCACAAUAGCUAGCCGUUACCCACGGGGGCUAAACGCGCUCCAUGCAGAUUGGCCGAGCAGGAGAAGAGACUUUUUGCCGGGGCGCUAAAGGCUCAAAAGACGAUCUGUUCGUGGUCACGAUUGUUAGAAUCAUCUCGUCUUUGUGUUUAAUGUGGCAACAAGCCCACAUUUUCUCAGCUAAGUGCAUUGCGAUUCAUUUAAAAAAAAUAUAUAUAAUUGAGUAAAAUUAUUAAAAAAAAAAAAAAAGAUUAACUCCACAUUUCACAAAAUAUUAACUGUUGUGGUCGAGCAGCGAGGGAAUUGCACUGCAGUCCAUUUUUCUCACUUUUAGUAAGUAAAAGAAAUUGGACACGUUUAUUAGUAUUAGAUUUUUCAUUAUAAUUUAUAUCAAGAGGAACUCAUUAAAUUAACAUCUCAUGAAUCAUUCAAUACUCUGGAGACAGAUUUAAUUACGACAAAUCAGGUUUUUCCUCGCUUUUGGUCAGUAAGCCAAAAUCAGGCUGGUGUUGCCUUCAGGGACAGUCUGAAAUGGACAGUCUGAAAUCGUUUGCCCCCGCCCACACACACACACACACAAACACAGAAAACAACUGUGAGGUUGUUCAGGUCUUCUUAACUUCAUGCACCCAUCCCUUCCGGCUGAUGUUGUCUUCAGGAAACUCAGAAAUCUCAGCGUCCUCACAAAACCAGUGCAGGAAAAUUAACCAUUUGGAUCAAUUCAGGGUUUGGCCACUGGAGGGCAGUAUGUCACCAUCCAUUCAGUUUGAGAUCUGGCAACUACAGCAAAAAUAAAAAUAAAAUAAAAUCUGUUACAAAAAAAAAAGGCUUGCAGACAUGGAAAACAAACAGCGGCGUGGUUUGUUUUUUGGCAAAUGAUUUUUGUAAUUACGUCCAAUUAAUGGCGCGCGGCGCAGGAAGUUGCUGUUUGCUCGCCAACAGCUGUUUGGAUUAAACGGAUGAGCGGGUGUCAAGUGGAGAUUAAAAUCACAACCGUCCGACAAAGCGGCCCGGAAAAGUGAAUCGACCGGGGGAGCAAGUGGGAGCGUCAUAUAUUUGGGGAGUGCAAACAGUGUAACUUUAGCGCUGAUGCUAAUGCUAAGUUCGAUGCUGGCUGAACCGAGCUCUCGUGAGCUAAGGCAAACUUUAAACUACCGUAUUUAAGUAUUUAAUCUUGGGUUUAAAACGCUAGUUUUCAACUUACAUUUGUUUGGCGCCAAAGACAUCACGUCAGAAGCAAAAUAAGCUAAGCUAAUCAGUGCUAAAUGCUAACGCUAACAGAGCUGAUCUUCCCUUGAACUAAUCAUUUGUAGCCUACAAGCGCUGCACACAACUCUGAACCGUAAUACUAGCGCUGACGCUAACGCUAAGUACUCUGCCCACUUCCCCUGACGUCCUUGGACGCUCGCUGAACUGAGCUCUCGUCAGCUACGCCAAACGCUCCGAACUUCCUCGUUAAAUGCUCAUUUUCCCAUCUCCGUCCUGUCAGCCCGAAGCGCCGACCACACACGCCAAAACAAAUCUUUAAACGUUGAGGCUGCUCCUUGAAUAACGUUAAGGUCUUUUCCCGACAUAAUAUUUCUUCUUCUCCCGCCUCAUUAGACUGCAAUUGUAAAACGCGCCGGGGCUCAGUGCUGCCGGGACACCGAAUGAAUUUCAAUGUGACGCUUACAAUUUUUGCAGAGUUCCCCAGAAGCUAAGGGGGAUUCAAAAAAAAUAAAAGUGCACUGAGGCAGAUUAAAGUCGCUGUCAGUAACCGUGGUUACUGGUGCCAUCCAUCCACCCAUUUGUAAUGACCCUCAUGACUCGGGAAGUAGCAUUGCUAACUAAUUACAAAUGCUAAAAAAGCAAUGCUAUGCCAAUUUCAUUCCAAUGGUUGCCAUUUUCUACUUGUUUCAUUCCUUUUUCUUCCAGGUUUGAAUUGAUUUUGAAGCCAUAGUGCUAACAACAAAUGUGUGAAGUGACAAAAGACGCUAAUGAGUGCUAAAUGCUAACAGAACUGCUGCAUCGUAAUGUCAUGUCUUGACUUAAACGUUGAUCGUACAAGCGCCGAAAAAGUAACUACACACUGUUUUUUCACCGAUGAUUCAGAAGCAAGGCUGGGUGAAGAUUAUCCAUUUUCAACCGAUGGCUGGACUACACUGAGUGAAACGCUGUCUUGUCAAAUAUCUUAGCUUAAUGCUAACCCACAAUGCAAAAGACCAUAGACUGGCUAACAAAAAUAGCGUCGUCAAAACCACAGGUGUCAAACUGGUGGCCCGGGGGCCAGAUCCGGCCCGCCACAUCAUUUUAUGUUUAUAGUUGGAAAAACAUGUUUUUAUAUGCUUUAUGCAGUGCCUAAAGAUGAUUCUGAUUUCAAAACUGGUUAUUCAUCAAUGUGUUGUGUAUACUGUAUGUAAUUAGAAUAUACGUGGUAAUCUUUCAUUUACAUGGGUUCACAGUCGUAGCGGGCCUCCGAGGGAAGUCGUAACUACGAUGUGGCCCGUGACAAAAAUGAGUUGGACAGCCCUGGUCUAAACCUGUAAGCGACAGAUAUUGAAACAUAAAUCUUGUGGCAACACAUUUAGACAGACGAUAUAACAUGAACGUCUCCACAAGUCUCCAAUAGCACCAGCAAAUAGAAACAGUGGGCCGCUUCUUAAUUAACUAAUGUUGUCUUCUCUCCAAAACUUUGAACGGCGUGAUGGACGAGCUAUUACGCGAUUAGCAUGCUUCAUUAAAAAGCGCCUCAGUGGAGCGCAAAUCAUUUGUUUGGAGUGCAAAAGCAUUAAAAAAAUAAAAAUAAAUGAAAUCAUGAAGCACAAACUAUUAUUGUUAUUGUUUAUGGUUUUUGUUUGUGACUGUAACUGUCAGAAAGACAGCUUUCAUUAUAUAUGGAAAUUUGUUUUAUGUUUCAAAAUGCAAAAUAGAUUUGAUUUUGAUUUCAUGAUGUAUCUAACAAAGGUUACUCAAUACAAAUGUAAAUAUAAGACAAUAAAUGAGACUUAAAGGA